AGGGCUGUGGCGUCGACUAAUUCGGUUGAGUUUGUGAGGUUUUGGAAGAGAUUAAUGAAUAUGAUUAAUGGAUCCUUUAAGCUUGGGGCGGUCCGAGUGUUACCGGGUUUGCAGUGUUUAGUUCCUGCUCUGCGGGAAAACGACAACAUGAACGGAACAACAGAGCUGCAGGACAUACUUCCUCCAAACUGCAUGGUGAAGGAGCGCUGGAAAGUGUUAAAGAAAAUUGGCGGUGGAGGGUUUGGUGAGAUCUAUGAAGCUCUGGAUCAGGUAACCAGAGAGAAUGUGGCUCUCAAAGUAGAAUCAGCUCAGCAACCCAAACAGGUGCUAAAGAUGGAGGUAGCAGUGCUUAAAAAACUGCAAGGUAAAAACCACGUGUGUAAGUUUAUCGGGUGUGGAAGGAACGAUAAGUUCAACUACGUCGUCAUGCAGCUUCAGGGCCGGAACCUGGCUGAUAUGAGGCGUAGUCAGCCCAAAGGAACCUUCACCAUGAGCACAACGCUGCGUCUAGGGAAGCAAAUCCUGGAGGCCAUCGAAGCCAUCCACUCUGUCGGCUUUCUGCACAGAGACAUCAAACCGUCUAAUUUUGCCAUGGGGAGACUCCCGUCCACAUACAGGAAGUGCUACAUGCUGGACUUUGGGCUUGCAAGGCAGUAUACUAACACUAAUGGAGAAGUGCGACCACCCAGAACUGUAGCCGGUUUUCGUGGCACCGUCCGCUACGCAUCGGUGAACGCUCACAAAAACAAAGAAAUGGGUCGCCAUGAUGAUCUGUGGUCUCUCUUCUACAUGUUGGUUGAGUUUGCUGUUGGUCAGCUGCCUUGGAGGAAGAUCAAAGACAAGGAGCAGGUGGGUCAGGUGAAGGAGCGUUAUGAUCACAGGAUGCUGCUGAAGCACAUGCCUUCUGAAUUUAACGUCUUCCUCGAGCACAUCUUGAGCCUGGAUUACUACACUAAACCUGAUUAUCAGCUGCUGAUGUCAGUGUUUGACAACAGCAUGAAGGGCCGCUUCAUCACUGAGAAUGAGCUCUAUGACUGGGAGAUGACAAUCUUACAAAGUGCACAACACAAACGACAAACUGCUGCCAUAGUGGGGGCCAUAAACAUGACCCCGAUCCCUGGUGACCUGCAUAGGGAGAACACGGACGAUGUUCUCCAGGCUGAGCAUCUGAGCGACCAGGAAAACGCUCCACCCAAUCCCGCACCCACCCCAGCAGAAAAUGGCGCAGCACCUGCUGAUGGAGACGAGUGGGACAACACCGACUUCAACCGCAACAAACUCCGAAUCAGCCUGGGAAAGGAGGAGGAGGGGAAUCGGGUAUGUCCUGUGUCUCCACAGAGAGGUGGUGGAGGGGCAGAGUCUCCCAGUGCACAGAUGCGUUCACUCAGGUCGCGAAUGGAUGCUCUCGGCUCUCCUUCCCGCCAUCUUUACUCAUCCCAGCCCGCCCAGAUGCUGUCAAUUGACGGCUGCCGUGGCGACCGCUGUCGCAACGAUGGGUCGGAGGCCCAUAGCAACGCCUUCAUCCGCUCCGUGCCUCUGGCUGAGGAGGAGGACUUUGACAGCAAGGAGUGGGUCAUUAUCGAUAAAGAGACGGAGCUUAGGGACUUCCACCAUCGUCCACCAGGGGCAGAGCCGACCACGUCCGGCACCACUGACGACGAGCCUGAGGAGCUCCGCCCCCUGGAGGACACGGCCACUCGGCCCAAGUUGAACGCUAGGAGCGCGAUCGAUGCAGAGAUGGCACGGCGAAGUGGGCGGGGUCAAGGGACAUCGAUGGACAGUCCAUCGUUGUGUCGAGCCAGACCAUCAGAUUCAUCGUCACCUCACAGACAGGUGGAUGAGGACAGACCUCUGUCCCCUCGUCCCAAUCAGCUGCGCCGCCUUGCCUCCUACAUGUUCUCGUCCUCCACCCUGGAGACGGAGGAGUAUCCUCACUCAUCUUUAAUCCAGAGGAGCCGCUCUGCCGAGAGCAGCCCGGCUCACGCCAACCAGAGACUCCGCUCCCAUAGCGGGAUGCCCCGCCCGCACUCAGCAGUGCUUCGCACGCAGCGACACUCUGGCCUCAACUUCCCCCGUGCCCACAUCCAGCACAUUAUUGCCAAACUGAUGAACAAAAACACAGUCCUCAGUCAUCAUGUGGUUUUGCAUGCUCUUGGUCCUGAAAUACAGAGAGAGGUCUCAGUCGACAGCGAAACUCUCCUCUCCCCAACAGACUAUCGGACCAAAGCUCCAUUUUCUGAGAAAGAAAUAUUCCACAUCCUUCCAAAACUUCAGGCCAAGAGGGCUGAUUUUCUCACCGUCAUGCUUACCGGAAGCCUUCAUCAGCGUCGCGGCUUCAUGGCUACGCCUCCCGACACCCAGGAUGAAGGACCCAGAGAUGAUGACGUGACCAAGACCGAUUCUGACAGCAUGGACCAAAGCCAAGACGGACCUCCUUCAACCCUGUUGGCUGACGACCCACUAAAGGAACCCAGAGAUCCUGGCUCAGUGGCUGAGGACAUAUCCAAAACUCUUCUGUUUUCGCCCGGAGAUGUGAGGAAGUCUCCACAUUCUGGAGACAUGGCAGAUGGAGCUGGGACAGAAGUUCCUUCGAGCGAAAAAGCUGCUGUGGACCAUCAGUUUUGUCUUUUGGAAAAGAACCAACCUGAGGAAGGACCUACAAAGCUUCAGUGCGGUACAGAUCAUGGAAUCAUAAAUUCACUCCAGCAGGACUGGAACCCAUUAAGCUCAACUGUCUCUGCAGCAUCUUUUCCUCUGACCACAGGGAAGAAGAAUCAGUUGAAACAAAACUUUCAGGACAAUGCAGAUGACUUUGGGAUCUCCUGCUUAGUCAAACAGAAAACUGCUUCUUCUGUAUUCACUUAUAUGAAUAAAGUGGAGACAAACCAAACAGAAGUAUCUUCGUCAGUGAGUCAGAAUGAGUCAAAUGAUGGAACCAAAAGGUUGGACAAACAAGAGUGCAACCACAGAGCAUCUGCUUCUUCUGCAUCUUCUCUAUUUAUUAAGGUGGACACAAAUCAACCAGAACAAAGACCUUCAAACAGCAAAUGCUAUCAAGAUGAUUUUGGGACCUUCAAGACAGUGAAACAAAUGUGUAACCCACCAGUUACUUUACCGAUCCCAACUGAUUCUGUUGCAUCUCCUCCUUUUACAAAAGUGGAGCAAACCUUUAUCCACGUAGCUGAGACCACACAUCUCAACAUCAUGUGUUCCAAAGGUCUGCCUGUCCAAGAGGGUAACCUUAAAGUAUCUGGAGACAAUCAAUUUAAGGGUGAACCCAAGAACAGCAGACACAAAACCAUCAUACCUUUGGGAACUGGAGGUUUUCAGUCUGAAAUGCAGAGUCAGAAGCGUACCAAAACUGACCACACUGUCCCUCCUGUGUCACACAAGGAAGGUUUAUCAGAAAAGCCCAAAGAAGAGAUAAGACACGUUAAGGCAGGAGAUGAUACUAGAGCAAAAACCAUAAAGCCUUUUUUCCGCCCAAGGAGCAGGAGUCGGAUUCCCAUCCUGGUGCCAGAAGACAAUGGCAGCACUGACCCAACCGUCUCGACCCGGGAACAAAUGCACAAAAGGUCUAAGCACUAUGACUUAUCCCGAGUGGUGCUGGAGAGACAGAGACCGUCACACCUGACCAGGCUAAACUCGAGGACGUCUUCAUCCAUGUCUUCUGGAGACGAGCCCUGGAAAGCCUCAGAGACUCUGUCAACCACUGCCUCAGAGGAGGACAUUCACCAGUCAGAUGAGUUGUCUAGUAAAGUAAAAAAAGACACGCAGGCGCAAGGGUGUGACGGAUGGCGCAGCAGGAUCCCUCGACCAGCCACGCCCAAACGAAGACCUUCAGCCAGGCUGAUGGGUGCUGCUACGUCUACUUUAACCUUACCGAGAAAAAGCACAACAAUUGCAGAGAGCAGAAUACAGACUGAAAACAAUGGACUGAAAACACAGUCAUCUGGAACGGGCGUGAGGUCUAAAUCUGCUCUCACUCGUUCCGGGAGUCCUCGAAUGCCGCUACGCUGCAUCUUCACCACGUCUCGCAGCUUAAGCUCCACCCACAGGACCUCUAGCCCCUCCCCUCAGCGGGCGAUCAUCAGAACUAGCACAAGCUCGCAGAUGCACACUGUGAUGCACCGUGGGAAACAAACCAAAGCUGCGUCAUCUAAUAAACACACGGUUAAUCUGAAGAGGAAACAAAGCACAACUGCACCUAGAUAAUAUAAAUAAUAAUAAU